AUGGCAUCAGCGUUGGGCUUCUAUCAGGGUCGCUCCAUGCCUGGGUCUCCAUACAACAUCAGCAGGAUUGACCCCAGACUCCAGAAGGUAGUCCUCGAUGCCACCUUUACCUUCAACGACCAAUCAAACGACGCCUACCUCUUUAAACCCUACGCCAUCUACAGAGCACAGCGCCAGGUAUGACACAGGAAACACAUCAACCCAAAAAAGUCUGUCACUGUCUCGAUGUUUGAACCGUAGACUGUAAAUAGAAUGGACAUUGUCUGCCUCCUCACUGGGUAAAGCCUCCAUGAUAAUAGCACUCGCUAGCGAUGGACUGCACUAUAGGUCAUAAACCCUGCCUCCUCCAGCAAACUUAAAGCUGGGGUAGGCAGGAUCUCAGAAGUGCCAGUUUUUGGGAGAAAUCUUGAAUGUAAACACUAACCCUCCCUACCAGUUUUUCUCUCAGCUCCUCCUCUCCCCUCCCACGCUGCUCCAGCAGGCCCCGCCUACAACCAGAUGCUCCUGCUCGCUCCAACUCUCCAGCAAUUUAGUACCAGGCUAGUAAAUUAUCAUUAUCAUCACCAAUCACAUGAGCAAAGACCUGAGCAACUUUUGUCACAACAGAGUCAACAAUAGUACUGAUGCAUAAAAGAUGAAACAUAAGAUAAAAUAGAACAAAUUUAUUGGAAAAAUAAUAUCCAAACAAUCUUGGUCAGACGUACACUUAGUGGGGCCUUUUAUGGUGUACAAACUCCUUGCUCUGGACUUUCCGUUAUACAGCUUGCUGUACCUGAAAUGAAGAGGAAGAGAGUGUGGUAUGAAGAUAUUACUAUGUUACUAUGUUACUUUCACAUUUUCAGAAAAGUAACCAUGGUAACUCUAGAGGCCUGUACUACGAAGCUGGAUUUGAUCUUGGUGAGAUAACUUCUGGAAUAACUCCUGGGUUUUCGGUACGACGUUUAUGUUCUUUAACCUUACAGUUGAGCGUGUGUGUGUGUGUGUGUGUGUGUAUUUUCAGGUUGUUAAAGGGGUACGAUACAUCGUAGAUUUUGAGAUUUCAAGGACAGUCUGCCGUAAACGAGACAGCAACAACAAUGACCUGCCCAACUGUGACUUUCAGCCUGAAGGUCGUCUGCACCAGGUGAGCACAGGCAGGUGUGCACUAAUGUUUGUUAUCAUCGGAAACACGUUGAUCCCGAAACCCGACCAGCUGUUGACCCCAAACCGUUCAACCCUAAAAAAAAAACAGUCAUCAGAUGGGGCCAAAGUGUAAGAUUUUUACAUGGGGGGGAUAGGUUGACAGUUUGAGACAUUAGCUGCGUUUCCAUUACCCAUAGAUUUGCACAAAACCUUAAUAUCGCUAGAAAACUGGUAAUGGAAACAACUACAUUUCAUAAAACCUCUCAAAUAUCGCCAAAAAGUUUUUACACUCUCAUGAGGUGGUUUUUCAGACGUGUCGAUAUAGAAGUAUAUCGCAAAAGUGUAAUGGAAACACUAUUCUCCCAAUUCUACCUCACCGGACAUGAUGUAGCAGGUCAUGUGAUCAGUUCAUUUCAAGCAAAGAUGGUGCGGUAUGUGUGGACGGGGGAGUAGACAGAGUUAUUUCUGAAAUUUUGAAUCAUCUGUGAAUUCCUCAUUAACUAUCCUCUCCCAGAAAUCCCUCAUCCGUGUCCGCUCCCAUAGCCUGGCUGGGCCAUCCAUUUGCGUGAAUCACUUGCCGUUCCUUCCCACAACAGUCUGGACUUCGGCCCAUUGGGAGCGUGUAUUAGGGAUCAGAAAAUAACCGGGCCAAUCAGUGACUGUGUUUCCACUGUUCCCCGGACAACAGGGAAAGGCAGCCCCUGAUAAUUCUGCAGUUGACUUUGCGAAGUUGGCAGAAAUCUUUUAUAUCCAACGUUUCUUGCAGAUCUGCGGAUAAUGGUCACAGAAAUAGCUGCUGCAAAACACAAAAUGUUUUGUAUCUCCUCCAUGUCGGUGUGCAAAAAGGCUUAAGGAAUACGAGGUCGCACUGGCAGAAAGUUUACCUCGUUGCUAGGCAACGGCCAUUCAAACACGGCUCGCGAGAGGCGGACGGCUUGCUUAUGCACUGAACACCAUUCAAUGGAAACACCCGCAAAUCGCAAUUGUACUUUGUCGAAAUUUGAUAAACAUCGCUUUUAUUUUGCAAAAAAAUGUCAUGGAAACGCAGCUAUUUAAAAAUAUGGUCCUGCUGUUUGCUUUUUGUUGACACUUGCCACAUUGCACGUGCAGCUUCUUGAUGUAUAUCCGACCGCUUGAUACUCUGCUACAUCUCCUUUGUUCUAAUAGCCAGCGAGCCCCCCCUCCAUCCUUUGCCCGCACCCCUGUGAGUGUGUCCACGCCCCCCCCCCCCGGUUGAGCACCACUGUUCUAGUCUACAUGCAACAUAUUUUUUCUCAUUCAUGAAACACAAAAAUCGGGGACAUUUGCGGGGACAGCUUUAGCCAGGGACAAGUCAUUUAAAAUGGCGGCUGUCCCCAGAAAUUGGGGAAGUCUGGUUACCCUACUCUUAACUGAUGUGAUAGGCUGAAUUCAACCCUUAAUCUGAUGGUAUUGGUUGAGUUUAAUCUCUAAAUUGAUGUUAUCAGGUGAGUAUGAUCCUUAAUCUGUUGUUAUCAGGUAAAUUUAAUCCCCAUUUUGAUGUAAACAGGUAAAUUUAGUCAUUUACCCAAUGUGAACAGGUGAGUUUAAUUACUGAGUUUAAAAAUGGUGAAUUCUCUCCAAAUUCCUUUUCCCUUUUUUUGAUUAGGGACCCAUAAGGUUUUUGCACCAGGACAUAAGCAUGUUUAUUUCUGCAGCAAAAUUUGACUUUAUUUCAUGAGGCUAAAUUUUAAGUAACUCACUGUAGGGCACAGCGUCUAUUGGCCAGGGGAGGAACUGGAGGUUGAGGCCUAUUCUUAUGUCAAAGGUCUAAAAAAUACAGUAGGAGUUCUUUUUCUUUUUUAUUUUGCAGCCACUGAGGUUGCCUCCUGCUGGUCAUGUAUAAAAUUACAGAAUUUAGACACAGAACUUUCACCUUUGUUCUUAACUCAUGUUCAUAGAUUUUAAUGUGAAAAUUUUUUGUUUGUUUGUUUGUUUUUCCCUGGAGGAAAGAGAGCAUCACACAGGUGUUCGUUUGUCAAUCCUAAAACCACCAGCCAACCACAGCAUCCAUUAUCUGCACCCUGCAUCCUCUGCUAUCAUCAUAUCCAUCCUCCGACAAAUUCAUCAUGAACAUCUUUACCAUUAUCAUCCCCCUUCAUCAACCCUCUUGUGAUCUCCCACCUCUGUACCGCCCUGAUGAGGUUCACCUGUUAUGCCAGAGCUCACCUGUCUGACCUUCUCUCUGUAACGCUAACAGUAUAAAAUCAUAUUAUCAUCCUCUGAAUGUUUUACUCAUAGUUCAACAUUUACUUCAUAUCAACAUUCACUUCUUCUUACAGUAUUGGGGAGAUAUGAUAUGUGGCUCCACAAAAACAUAUAAACUGUGUGUCAUCAAAACUAAGCAGAAUAUUUCUAGGGUUUUUACUAUAAAAAAUGUAGUAUUAGGCAUCCACAGAACUUUAUCAUAGAUUCUAUGAUAAAAGUGACCAAAAAAUGUGUUUAACAGGAUAAAAUGUAUAAUUUUGAGCAACUAUUCACAACAAUGAAAUCUAAUGGGGUUCGUUUGUUUGUUUGUUUUUGUUUUGUUUUUUUAAUUCAUAUAUUUCGGCUGACUUCACUACUUGUCCUAUAUUUUAUUAUACAGUAAAAAUAUCUUUUAAUAAGAAUAAUAAUGCGUAUGCCAUGCUAGAGCUAAAUUUAGGAUUUUUAUAGAAUUGUGUAUGAACUGGUAAAAGUCAUUCAUUUUAUGUUUCCAUUUAUUUCUUUUUGUUUACAAACUCCCCUUAAUGUAUCCUUAUCAUCUGUUACAAACAGUGUGUCCUCAUUAUUAUAGCAGCUCUGCUCACUCUAAUCACUGUAUGAAUAAUGAAAAUAAAAAAGGUAAAUAAAAACAAUGUAGGUAAAAAAAAAUGGUGUCAACAAGAGACUGAUAAACUAAGGAAAACAUAGUGUAUACAUAUAUAUAUAUAUAUAUGUGUGUGUGUGUAUAUAUACUGUAUAUAUAUGUGUAUAUAUAUAUAUAUGUGUGUGUAUAUAUAUAUAUUUAUAUACAUAUAUAUAUAUAUAUAUAUAUAUAUAUAUAUAUAUAUAUAUAUAUAUAUAUAUAUAUAUAUAUAUAUAUAUAUAUAUAUAUAUAUAUAUAGUUCCAGAGUUGAGGGGCAGAGUGGCUGAAGGCUCUGGAUGCCAUAGUGGUCAAACAGGCAGGUGGUGCAGUGAGGUAAACAGAAGAAGCUCAGAAAGGUUUACAGGUGAGAAGUUUUAGUACACACAUUUUCUCACAGGAAUCAAGUCAUAGUGAAGUCACGAUAGAGGUUGAAGUUGCAAUGUUGGGGAAUUCAUGUUGUAAUAUAAAAAACAUAUUGUCAAAAUAUGAAGAAAUAUUUAAAAUAACAUUUUAUGUUGUGAGAAUUAAGUGUUGAUAAAGUGGUAGUGUUGGUUUAUGGUAAGCAGCGAGCUGUCUUGACUAAGGUUACAUGACCGUGAGGCAUCUGGUGCAAGUGUCCCUAGUGUUUUGUCUCCUCAGAUCCACAUUUUAAUAGGUGUAGCAUCAAGACAACUCUGGGUGUCAAAUUCACACAUUCCUCACAAGACAGAUUCCUUUUCUGGUCCCAGGACACAGGAUCAUAUUAAUCUUUCCAGACUUGUUUGGACUUUUAGGUUACCUAACUGACCCAACCAGAGGUUGACCUAAACCUUUGGCUCUGCUCAAUUUGUCAGAAAACAGAGACAGAGUUGUUAUUACCUCUCAAACAGAUUCCAUCACUGACCAUCUAAAUAAUCAUUCAUGCCUCAACCCAGCUCUCCCAUUUGAGAUUUACUGUCUUAAAGUGUCUGAACACACAGAAGCCAAGGAAAAGUCUGAGGAGCAGGACACUGACCUCUGGACCUCUGUCAUAAAACCCUGCUCAACCAUGUACUGAUAAAAGCCAGUGCAGUUGUGAUGCUCAGGCUCUCAUUCUUCUACUCUCUUAUGCUUGUUUAUUGUUUAUGUUUAUUCAGCUUUCAGUAUGAUCACAGAUGUUUUAAAAAAGACAGAUGCCAUUAAAAACACUGAAUUAUUUUGCUGAUUACAAAAAAUAAAACUUCAAAUAUAAAAUGCAGCUUAAGAAGCAACAACCUAAAAACUUAAAAAGCUAAACACCAUUCUCAUUUAACAGCCUGCACAUAUAUGGGAUUGGUGAUUUCUUAUAUCUCUCAGUUUGGCAUGUUGGGGUGUCCAGGUCAUCUCCAUUCCGUGUUUGUCGUCCAGAGAUCUCUUUCCUAAGUGGGGGUAGCCAGUUUCUGAAGUUGGACUUGAACAGCUUUCUGGCAAAAUCAAGACAUAGUUGAGUGCGCCUCUCUGCUAGGGAGCACAAUUUGAGGUUGUGGAGAGCUUCUGUGUCUUAUUCUUAAGCUCUUAGUCUUCUUCUACUCUUCUAAAAUUUCCCGCCUAGUUUUAUGCCACAUGUUCAUUCACUUUGUUUGAUUGUUCUUAAACAUUGUCUUAGUUCAAGUUUUGAAACUUCAACUAUUUUUGUAUGCAUAGCAAUUCAAGGUGAAGUCUUUACCUUAUUUUCUUUAAUUUCAGUCAUUUUUGAAAUAGUUUCGACUGGCCUUCGAGCUUCUCGUUCUUACAGUGCAGCGGCCAAGUACAAAUUUUGGACAGAAUUGUUCAGUUGGUGAUACAAGAAUGAAAAUUGGCAUCGCAUUCUUCAUGAGUCACUUUACAAGGUAAGUGUCCCAGCCAUAGAUAUAUAGACAGACUAGAUGGAUGAUGGGACUUUUGCCCACGUCGUCACCGAGCGGCCAUCUUACCUAAGGGGACUCCUCCCGCACACUCUACAGUAGUGAAUGGAAGGUGAGAAUGCACUGACCUCGCUGAAAUCUUGAUGGAUUUACAAACGUUUCGGUUUAUUGAAACCUUAUUAACGUACAAAAUACAUCAUGCAUGUUAGUGAUAUUCAAUGUAUAGAACUAUGUGAAUCUUCUAGCAAAGUAUCAUUCUGAAGCAUUAAAUUAAUUAGGAUUUAUCAAAACAAUGGCCAUGGGGCUAGAUGAACCAAAGGCAUUGGGGUAAAUUGAACCAAUAUGAAUCACAAUUUAUAGAAUUUUUAUUAGGUCUUUGCUACUCAAAUUAGCAGAAUGAUCUUUUAUUUUUGAUAAAUACACUCAUUCAAGAGAAGUUUUCAAUGUGAUAUUAAUAAUUGCAAAUAUUAAAAGGUUCUGAAAAACAAACUUUAAUUUGUUUUAUAUUGUUUAAUAACCCAAAGAAAAUAAAUAAGACUAUUUGAAAAAGGUAAAUGUCUUAUAAAAUUAUUUUUCAUCAGUAAAUUCAUUAUUUGUUAAAAUUUUAAGAUUAAGUUUAAAAUAUCAUGUGAGUCAACGUACCCCUUUAUAUUUAAUAAAUGUAUUAAAUAGAACUAUAAAAUAUCUAACUAUUAAAUGUUUAAUAUAAAAAACACAGAAAAUUUAAUUUCACUGUGUGUGUAUGUGUGCAGCUAUGGCAGGUAUUGCUCCACUAUCACCUUUUUUAAUUUAAUAUGAAAGUCCAUCAUUAUAAUUAUCCGUAAAUACGCAGAAACAUAACUACAUCUCUGGCGUUUAUAACAAACCAAUCCGUUUGAAAAUAUGGUCAUGGAAACAGUACAUGCACCAUAGACAUUAAUGUUAUCAGUGGGCCAGCAGCCCCUAGGUAAGAUGGCCGCCGUGUGACGACAUCAGUUCCCAUUGGCUCACAUCGUAGGUAAGCUAUUUAGUCUUUCUAUCUAGUGAGUCACCGGCGUCCCUACACAGCGGCCAUCUUACUCCAGUAUACCAUUCUUGUACACCCUAUGGUAGCUGAUGGAAGGUGAGUAAUCUUCAUGAUCAAAAAAACUAACUAAUUUUGACAGAUUUACAAAUAGCAAAAAAAAUACAAAAAAUGUUUAAUACAGACCUUAACAACGUGGCUAUAAGUCAGGAUGCUUGGACAUAUUGAAAUGGCAGAUUUUCUCUGAGAAAAAAAAGACAAUCAUGCAGCAAAGUUGUUUCACAGCUUAUAUCUGUUAUGUCUUGCAUUCAAUGAUAGGGAGUAUAAAGCGCACCAUGAGACCUCUCUUAUCUCUCUGAGAAGGUUUAUUGUGUCUGUCAAUGUUUGACUGCAGGUGUUCAGGUGGUUGAGUCCAAAGUUGAGAGCUGCUCUGUGAUCACAUUUCCUUCCAGAAGACUUCAGUGUGAAGAUGAACGCAGAGAGUCUGGACUGGAUGUGAAUGGUUGGGCCUUUGAAAACCUCCUGCUGUCACUUCCAAGUGGACGUUUCUAGGUAACCAAACACACUCUUCUCAUCAUUUCUGAUGCUGAAAAAGUGCAUGAAUAUGAUAAAUAUGACAAUAUGAAAUAAAUCACUGUUAUUAAUCAGACAAUAAUCUGUUUCUGGAGUCAUGGAGGAUAUUUAUUACAGCAUGUCCAGAUUAUUUCUUUGCUCCUGUUUCACUCUCUUUCUCAUUUCCUCUUAUUUAGUCUCUCAGAUUUGAGUUGUUGUUAAUGAGCAACAUCAAGGUUGAAUUCAUUCAACAAUCAAACAUUCAAAACUUCAGACUUACAACCCUGAUCAAUCUGAUUAGAGGGUUAAACUCCAGACCAGAUAACACCAGAUAUGAAACGUCCAUAUCACUGAAAAUCUGAUUUAUGAAAUACAAUCAGACCAUGCAGAGAUGCCAAGACAUGGAUAUACAGAUCAUUUCUAUCAAACAUGCUCCAGUCACUGUUUUUCACACAGCACUGAAAUAUAGAAGCACAUCAGCAAACUCAAUCCAACACUGAACUUUGAGGAGUUUCAGAAAAACUGAUGUUUCAAACAAAUGCUCCAAUUUCUUCAAAGACUUCAACUUUGUCUGCUGCUUUUAAAAUGACCAUCAUCCAUCAGCUGAGCUCUGAUUGGCAGCUUUCAUGUUGUACUUAAACCCAUUCUCUGUCUUUGAAAGGUUUCAGAUCCUAAACAUGAGCAGAGUAUUGACCUUUUUCUUUAAACCUUAUUGACCAAUAAAAGAACACACAGUUUGAUUCAGUGCAGCAACAUUGAUUUCAGAGUGAAUUAAAUUUGGUGUCCUUCAUUUCAAAGGUGAACCUCAUGUCAUUUUUCUGAGUCUGUUCCUUUGAUUUGGGGUUGAGUAAAAGUUGAAUUGGACUCCUUGUCAGAAGAUCUCUCAUGGUUGGUUCUCUCUGGAGCAGACAAAAGGAGAACUUGAAUGUUUCCAUAUGUACGCAGGUUUGACUCUCAGUCACAUCAGAUAUUAUCCUGGAUCACUCUGAGGUUUCUCUGUCAUGUCCUGACAGCAGGUCUCUGCAGUGUGACUGGAGCUGGACCCUGGUUCCUGGGUGUUGGUCAGUGAUUUCAUGUCUGUUUGUGUUUGUAGACUUUGACUGUUUAGUGAUGAGAGUGUGACAGCGUCCUCAGAUUAAUGAUGAACUGAUGAAGGACGAUCAGCUGCAGUGUCCCUCUUUGUCUUUCUGCUACAGGUGAAACAGGAAGUGGAUCUGGAUUCACCUGGUGAGUAUUUUCUUCAUUCUGUCAAACAUCAAACUGAAAGUUUUACCAUGGCUGUGUCCGAAAUGGCCUACUACUCCUACUACUCCUACUAACCCCGCCUCUGAAUUGAGUAGGCAGUGCGUUCACACUGUACAGUAUGCGAAUUUUGUGUAUGCGAGAAAUGCCCGGAUGUAUACUCAAUCGGCUUCGAUUUCUGAGUGUGGAACGGAGCUUGCUUCAUGUACUGCUUCUGCCCCACAAUGCAUUGCGCACCUCAGCUGGUAAUAUGGCCCUCCUUCCCGAGGCUGAAAAGAAAUAGAUGGCAUGUGAUUGCAAUAAUAAUGAUAUAUAUAUAUAUAUAUAUAUAUAUAUAUAUAAAUAGAUAAACAAUAUUUAGUCAGUAUACAUUACACAAUUUUCAUCAUUUUAUCGUAUUUUGAUCUUUUUACCAGAUUUAUUUGUAUUUUAAAUUAGGAUUAUAGGUAAUGUUUUUAACUAUUCGUAUGAAUUGACUUUAUUUAUUUAAGUGUCUAUUAAAGAUGUAUUUAUUACAACAAGUUUGAGCAUCUUCUCAUCUCUGAAUGCAUCAUCAAAGUGGUCGCUCAUAUUAAGCACAGACCUCUAAUUAAUAAAAAUUAUUAUUGGCAGAGAGCACAUGGUUCAGAAUAUACAAGCGGGGGAGUUUCCAGUUGACAAUGUAUGUGAGCUUUACUAAUUCUUCCUUGUGAUUGAAAAUCUGAUGGUUUCUGAAAUAAUCAUUGUACAUGAAAAGAAUGUAGUCGGGAAAUGAUGUAUUUGCCAAGGAAUAACCGAACGAGGUCAUAAUAAUUAUGUUGUGUGUUGGUCAUUUUGCAGCCCUCUGCUGCUCAUCACACGCCUAGCAGGUGGUGUAUAGCAUUAUCACCAUGGAUACACAGAUGUUUGUGUGAUUUUUUCCAUCCACUGCCGCUCGGUUUGUGUCGUGUUGAUGUUGAUUAUGAAAACACUUCGCAAUAAUUUGGAAACGUGAAGGGGGAGCUGCUGCUGCCCGAUGUCUACGGUAAAUAGACGCAAACACCCACCAAACGGACGUUUCGGUCUCCGAAAACGCCGAGACAAAUUUACAAACAGCCACUAUUUCAAACAACUGGGCUCAUAAUCGUGAUGUAAACACUUACUUUCUCGCUAGAAAAAAUAUUAUUAUUGAAUGAAUUUAUAUAAUUUGUCCGGGAUGCAGUCGUUCUAUGUAGCUUGUGGUAGGACUAUUUAAAUUUUCCCGGCGCUGCGUCCGGCCGGCACGAAAUGCAUUCUGGGGUAUUUAGUAUGUAUGUGUGUAAACGCUCGGGCAGCCGCGGCAUACUCAAAUCAUCUUUGAGUAGUCAGUAGGCAGUAGCUACUGCUUGAGUAGGUAAGUAGAUAGCAGGCAGUAUGCCAUUUCGGACACAGCCCAUGUCUUCAUUUUGAACAGAACUGGACUCUGAAUGGAUCCAGAUGAGCGCUCUAGUAAACAGAAACAACUGUGGCUCCAUCUAGUGGUAGAAUCUGGAACGACACUGUGGUAGAGGACAGUAUGUGGCUCCGGUUGUAGUGACCAUGUUGUUGUGUUUGUGUGAAGGUGGGGGCUCUGCUAUGAAUCAGCGUGAGGACAGAGAGGAGGGAGCCCCUCCCUCUAAAACCACUCUGUGGGGGAACAUGAGAGCCAGACCAAAAGCUCAGAGGUGAGAUGAGGAUCUCCAACUGUCCGUGACUCUUCUCCAUGACAGAGUUCAGCACUCAUAUCACUCCACCAUCACUAUUAUUCACACUCAGACCUCUGUCUGUCUGUCUGUCUGUCUAAGACCUGAAUGGCAGUACAGACCAGACUCUUCUGGACCUGGACCAAGCUGUGUGUCCUUCAAGAGUGACCAGUCUCAGGGUCAAUAUAUUGAUUUCAAAAUUGGACCUCAGUCUGAUCGUCAAAAGUAAUCAUCUAUAACAGCAGCACUUAAACCUUGAAGAUUUUCAGUGUUCUUGUUUUUUCAUCAGUGUUUGUGUUUCUGUCAGAGUCAAACAUGAGAGACCAGACUCUCCUGGACCUGGACCUGGACCCAGCUGUGUGUCCUUAAAAAGUGACGGGUCAAUGUUCAGACUUACUGAUUUCAAAGAAGGAAAGAUUUGUGAUGAACAAAGGUGAGCCUUUCAAACUGAACUUUCUUUUGUUGUGUGUGAAACUUUUCAUCCUAACUGUGGUCAGUGUUUUCUCUGUGAAGGUGAAGAUUUUUCAGGGUUUGUGUUUCUAUCAGGAUCCAACAGCAGUAAACAGGAUCUGAGCCAGAAAGACCUGGACUCUGCAUGUAUCUUCAUGUGUGUCCUGUGUCUGUAGGAGGAUCCAGCAGUGUUUCUACCAGGAUCCACUAGAUAGACUCUCUCACAUGUAACCCUGUGUCUCCUUAUAUUAUAUCCACUUCAAUAGAUUCUGUUUGUUCCACAGAGUUCAGCAGCAGAGAUCAGAGGUUCCCAUUGGUCAGUCUGCCCAGCAUCAUCAAACACAGCUGGACUCCAUAUUUAUGGUAGGUGUAAAUGUACAAACACAGCUCCUACUGAUCAUCAGUAUAUUUGGAGGUUUCUGGAUUGUUUCCUAAUGACUCUGCAAACAUCAUCUCUGCCUGAAUUAUCUUCACACUCACAGUUUGACUGAUUGAAUGAAGCCUCACAUUAAUGACCUGAACAGAAUCAGAGGUCAGAGGUCAUGGUGGAUGGUGGUCUCACAAGGACUCAGACUUUGGCAGCAGAGAGCAGAGUUCACAAACUGAGUCCAGUUUGAGGUUCUCCAUCAAAAAUGUAAUUUUGUGUGUUUUUUGUGUCAGAUAAGGUCCAUAUUAUGUUCGUCUUAAGUUGUAAAUGUGAAAAUAAACUGUUACGUCCUUUGCAUUCUGUAAAGGUUUAAAAUAAAGAAACGGAUAAACCAAAAAGCAGGUCCUUCUGACGUCACGCUGACCUUGCUCAUUAUUAUUCACGAGCGCGUCCUCGGUGGGCCGCGCCCACUCUCUCAUUCUCGUACUCAUUCACAGUCAGAGCGAGACCCAGCUACCACUGUAUCCGCUAUGGGUCUCUUCCAAACGCCCGGUGUUUCCUUGGGUUCACUGCCGGGAAAAUGAACUUAAAGCUGGGCAGAAUGAAUGAGAAAACACCGCUGGAGAUCUCCGGCUUCUUCUUCAACUUCCACCUCCUCUUCGGACUCGGGGUCUAAAAUAUAUGGUUUAAUACCUGCCAUUUUUAGCCUUUAGCAUAAGGUGACUAGACGUCCCCGAUUUCAGGGGACAGUCCCCGUAUUGGAUGACCUGUUCCCGGCAAAAGCUGUCCCCGAAAAUGUCCCCGAUUUAAGCGUUUCAUGAAUGAGAGCAAAAAUGUUGCGUGUGGGCUCGAACAACGGUUAUUACAGUAGCCGAAUGAGUAGGAAGCACAAGUUAGCAGUCCUGAACAACAGUUCUUACGGGGGUUAUUACAAGGGGCGUGCGCUGCUACUAAACAGCAUAGAGAUUUUGUCUGUGAUCACGAAGCCCCUGCAGCCCCUGCACUCUCCCUUCCGCCGCUGCACUGAAUGUCCCUGGAUAUCAUUACAGACAUCUGGGCACCUUACUUUAGCACACAUUAGCAAAAUGGAUAAACCGAAAUCCGAACCUCCACUGCUGAACCAAUCGGAGCACAGCAGGCUUCACAGCAGCGAUCCAAUCAGAGCAAAGCUCAUUACCAUAAAUGUUAAUGAGCCAAAACCAGUUGGUUUUCCUGUAAGGUUUUUUAGGCAUACUAAAACAAACCAUCAAAUAACUUUUCAGCUAAAAUUAUGUUGCAAACAUGAUCAGAGGACAUCAAGGAUUAUGAAAAAAUGAUUGAAAUGAGUAUGAAAGUUUGAUGGCAGGUCCCCUUUAAAGAACAGAAAGACUUUGGUUCAUGUCGAUGACAGCUGCUGCUUUCAGCUUCAUUCUAAUAAACACAUCACCUCUAAAGUCACUGCAGACUUUUUCUCCAUGAAACCACACCAGGAGAUUUCUCCAAUAUGAAGGUCAGGUCAUAGAAACUGGAUUUGUGGAAGACAGGACCAUCUACAAAGUCAAUCCUGAAGCAGCAUUGUGAUCCAGUCUCCAUGCUGGACUCUGCAGACCAGCAGGCUUUCUGUCUGUCACAGAUGAUCUGAUGUUCAGUUCUACAAGUUCAAGUUCACGUUUUGUUCUGUUCCAGCUGCUCCAGGAGAACAUGAUCAACUUUGUAAAGGAGCAGCUGAAGAAGAUCCAGAGAGUUCUGACUCCUAAUGAACCAGAAUACUUAGAGAGUCAGAGGAAGGAUGAGGAUGAAGAGCAGAGGAGGAGCAGAGAGGCAUUUCUGAAGAUCACUUUGAACUUCCUGAGGAGAAUGAAGCAGGAGGAGCUGGCUGACUGUCUGCAGAGCAGUAAGAGGAUUUGAAGAGAUUUAACAUGAUGGAGACAACAUGGGAGAGGUUUAGAGUUCAGACUCUGCUGUUCAUAAGAUGCACACAUUUGUAUCACAUCUAUGAACUGAGAGAAACUGAUCACAGCUGAUGAGCUGAAGAGAUUUCAGAGAGGAGGGAAAUCAAAUCCAUCCUGAUGUCCUCAAGUGUAAAUUCAUCAGACUGAUUGUAGCUUCAGAUGAUUCAUCACAUUUCUUUUUGUUCAUUCAGGAUCUGCUGCUGCAGAGUGCCCACACAAACUCAAGUCCAACCUGAAGGAGAAGUUCCAGUGUGUGUUUGAGGGGAUUGCUAAAGCAGGAAACCCAACCCUUCUGAACCAGAUCUACACAGACCUCUACAUCACAGAGGGAGGGACUGGAGAGGUCAACGAUGAACAUGAGGUCAGACAGAUUGAAACAGCAUCCAGGAAAGUACAGCAACCAGAAACAACCAUCAGACAAGAAGACAUCUUUAAAGGCUCACCUGGAAGACAGGAACCAAUCAGAACAGUGAUGACAAAGGGAGUGGCUGGCAUUGGGAAAACCUUCUUAACACAGAAGUGGACUCUGGACUGGGCUGAAGACAAAGACAACCAGGACAUCCACUUCACAUUUCCAUUCACCUUCAGAGAGCUGAAUGUGCUGAAAGAGAAGAAGUUCAGCUUGGUGGGACUUGUUCAUCACUUCUUCUCUCAAACCAAAGAAGCAGGAAUCUGCAGCUUUCAACACUUCAGGGUCGUGUUCAUCUUUGACGGUCUGGAUGAGUGUCGACUUCCUCUGGACUUCCACAACAAUCAGGUCUUGACUGAUGUUACAGAGUCCAGCUCAGUGGAUGUGCUGCUGACAAACCUCGUCAGGGGGAACCUGCUUCCCUCUGCUCGCCUCUGGAUAACCACAAGACCUGCAGCAGCCAAUCAGAUCCCGCCUGAGUGUGUUGACAUGGUGACAGAGGUCAGAGGAUUCACUGACCCUCAGAAGGAGGAGUACUUCAGGAAGAGAUUCAGAGAUGAGGAGCAGGCCAGCAGAAUCAUCUCACACAUCAAGACAUCCAGAAGUCUCCACAUCAUGUGCCACAUCCCGAUCUUCUGCUGGAUCACUGCUACAGUUCUGGAGGAUCUGCUGAAGACCAGAGAGGGAAGAGAGCUGCCCAAGACCCUGACUCAGAUGUACAUCCACUUUCUGGUGGUUCAGUCCAAACUGAAGAACAUCAAGUAUGAUGGAGGAGCUGAGACUGAUCCACACUGGAGUCCAGAGAGCAGGAAGAUGAUUAAGUCUCUGGGAAAACUGGCUUUUGAGCAGCUGCAGGAAGGAAACCUGAUCUUCUAUGAAUCAGACCUGACUCAGUGUGGCAUGGAUAUCAGAGCAGCCUCAGUGUACUCAGGAGUGUUCACACAGAUCUUCAGAGAGGAGAGAGGACUGUACCAGGACAAGGUGUUCUGCUUCAUCCAUCUGAGUGUUCAGGAGUUUCUGGCUGCUCUUCAUGUCCACCUGACCUUCACCAACUCUGGAGUCAACCUGAUGGAAGAAGAACAACAAACAACAUCUUCAAUCUCCAAAAUCUUCAGUGUCAAACCAAAACCGAAACAUCUCCAUCAGAGUGCUGUAGACCAGGCCUUACAGAGUCUGAACGGACACCUGGAUUUAUUUCUGCGUUUCCUCCUGGGCCUUUCUCUGCAAACCAAUCAGAAUCUCCUGAGAGGUCUGCUGACACACACAGGAAGUAGCUCACAGACCAAUCAGAAAACAGUCCAGUACAUCAAGGAGAAGAUCAGUGAGGAUCUGUCUGCAGAGAAAAGCAUCAAUCUGUUCCACUGUCUGAAUGAACUGAAUGAUCGUUCUCUAGUGGAGGAGAUCCAACAGUCCCUGAGAUCAGGACGUCUCUCCACAGAGGAACUGUCUCCUGCUCAGUGGGCAGCUCUGGUCUUCAUCUUACUGUCAUCAGAAAAAGAUCUGGACGUGUUUGACCUGAAGAAAUACUCUGCUUCACAGGAGGCUGUUCUGAGGCUGCUGCCAGUGGUCAAAGCCUCCAACAAAGCUCUGUAGGUGGACACAUGAGAGAUGAAACAUUAUUGUUCAUGAGAGAUGAAACUUUGUGUCUGUGCUAAUCACUGAAUCUUCUUCAGGCUGAGUGGAUGUAACCUGUCAGAGAGAAGCUGUGAAGCUCUGUCCUCAGUCCUCAGCUCCCGGUCCUCCAGUCUGAGAGAGCUGGACCUGAGUAACAAUGACCUGCAGAAUUCAGGAGUGAAGCUGCUGUCUGCUGGUCUGAAGAGUCCUCACUGUAAACUGGAAACUCUCCGGUCUGUAUAAUGUUGAACAUAAAACUUUACUCUGUCAGAGUUCAAAACCACAGAAACACAAGCACCAUUACAACAGAGAGCUACUUACAGUUCUUUUAAUAUUAUAUAAGUUGGGUCCAAUCGAGAGGGAUGGUUAAGUCAGUCAAAUUUGGUAAUAUGAUUAAUUAAAAGAAAUAGGAAUUUUUUUUUUUAAAGAUUACGAUAUGUCUGAUAAAGCAAAAGCAUACACUACCUUUAAUUAUCAAUAAAACAUGAGAGCUUUUUUGUCCUAAUAUCUCUAUGUCUGUUCAGGUUGACUAGAUGUAACCUGUCCAAGAGAAGCUGUAAAGCUCUGUCCUCAGUCCUCAGCUCCCGGUCCUCCAGUCUGAGAGAGCUGGACCUGAGUCAUAAUGACCUACAGGAUUCAGUAGUGAAGCUGCUGUCUGCUGGACUGAAGAGUCCUCACUGUAAACUGGAAACUCUCAGGUCAGGUUUUUUGCUGAUUGAGUUUUGUAGUUGUUAGGAUGAAAUUGUCUCAAGUUGGUACACUUUUUCUUGUUUCACAUAUUUUUUCUGACUCCAGGUUAUCAGGCUGUCUGAUCACAGAAGAAGGUUGUGCUUCUCUGGCCUCAGCUCUGAGCUCCAACCCCUCACACCUGAGAGAGCUGGACCUGAGCUACAAUCAUCCAGGAGACUCAGGAGUAAAACGGAUUUCUGCUGGACUCGAGGAUCCUCUAUGGAGACUGGAUAAACUGAGGUAUAACCAGACAGUUACCGAGGCACAGACAACUACAAAUAUAUUUGGUUUUUGCUGCCUGAGAUCUUCACUUAGCACAUUGUGGACCAUCUUUCUGAAGGACUCUUGGAUGUGAACUGUCUCAUCCUGGAUUGUAGCUCUGAUACUCACUAGUUCUCAGCCUCCCUCCUUCCGCUUUGUGUAGAUACUCAGGGUUCUGGAUUUAGGGUGAAAACCUCAAUUUUAGUAUUUUGAGGAGCUUUCUUGUCACAAUGUCAGUGGUCUCUAUUUCUUCCAUUGGCCAGGCUAUGAUGCCAGCAGGGUAUCUGAUCACUGACAGAGCGUAGGUGUUGAAUAAAAAAACUCAAACAGUUGAUGAGAAACGACUUUGAAUCAGACUGAUGUGUCUGUCAUUCGGUCUCCUCCUCUCAUGGUCUCAAAGGAGGACGUGGUGGUUGAACCAUUCUUAAAUGCUCUUUAUGGAGGACCACAAGGGUCGCAGAAAUUAAAAUAAAGUUUCUGUAAUUAAAAAAGUUAUGGUACUAUUAAAACAGGAAUUAAUAAAGUAUUUCCAAAUUCAUGAGUUCAUGCAUGAACAAAUAGAGGAAAUUAUAAAAAGAUUCUACAAAUAAAUCUUUAAAAGUGUACAAAAGUUUAAUAUUUAAAAACACAUGAAUGUAUUCCCUAAUCAAUAGUUUAAAACAAUGCAGAUGAGUCAUGAAACAAGCUCUCUGAUUGGUUAUAACCUGGCCCAUUACAUGAAGAUGUCUGCAGGGAGGUGAAGAUGAUGGAGGAUGAGGAAGAAUAGAACUUGUCCAGUGUUCCAGGUGGAAAGAGGUCCAAAGCUGGAUAUUGUGACUCUGUGGUCAUUUCUCAGCUCCCUGAUUGAUGAACAGACACACAGACUAAAAACAGAGAUGAUCAGGAGAGAGAUGGGCUCAUAUUUGAAGUUCUAAACACAUUUGACAGUGCUUUAGCCCACGUCAGAACUCAGAGAAGAUGCUUUAUUACACCUGAUGUUACAAGAUGAAGGUUCACAUCUAGUUUAAUGAUCAGAGCAGAACAACAUUCAGAUCUCCUCCAGAUCCUUUAUCUCAUUCAUCCAUACAGACCAGGAUCAACUCUCCUGGCUGACAUGGGAAGGUCUUCUCUUCUUGAUUUUCUGCUCUCUUUGUUUGGUGAGCCAUCAAACAAACCCUCAGAGCUACAGAGAAACACCUCCUUCAUACAUCCACCCUCAGUCAGAAACAUGGACUCAAAGAACUGGCUGCAGAAGUGGGUUCAAAGGAGAUCAGAUAGUCUUCAUUGAGCUUCAUCAGCUGAGCUCUACUGCUUUACUGGCACAGCUACAUUCAGUGAGAGCAGCAGCAGACCUGUCAGUCAUGAUCAGGUAAGCUGAGGGGCUGUUUGAGGACAUGCACUGACUUUGUCUCAACUUCCUGUCCAUCCCAAACUGCAGGAAAUCCACCUGCUGUUCCAGGUGUGAUGCUCCUACUCCCUCUGCUCUAGCUGACUCUGAAUAAUCCAAGAAGAGCCUCACACACUCACAUGAGUUCAUCUGAGAGCUUUCAUUUCAUCUUCAUUCAUAUUUAGAAGAAGAGAGCCCACUACUUCAUCUCUCUAUCUGCAGACAAGCUUUCAAGUCUAUUUAGAAGGAGCUUUUUAGACCAAAGUGUGGACAGCUGCCCUAAAAGAAGAAAUGAAGGUCUUUUUCCAAAGGGUCCAAAUCAAGUCUCCAUGUUGUAGGACAGACCAACAGCCAGUUUUUGCUCUUUGAAUCUUGUUGUUGUUGUUUUUCUGUGAGUUUCUGUCAGAAAGAAUCAGAAAAAGUGACAGAGUGAUGGAGACUGUUGGCUCAGAUGAGUUUCAGCUUGUUUCUCUGUCACAGGGACAAACCGAGGAACUCUGCUUCAUGUUGGACAGCAGGUAGGACUCAUGUUGGACACUCAAUCAUUCUGACUGUGUUUCUUCCUCCAGGGUGGACCAUGGUGGAGAGCAGUGGUUAAAACCUGGUCUGAAGAAGUGUAAGUGUGGAAUCAGUUUGACUACUGAUGACCAAACAGCAGACUAA